AUCACCAGUUCAAGAACCAUGAAGAUCAUCGUUGCUUGCAUCCUUCUCUCCUGCGCCGUUUCGGCUUUGGCUGCCCAGCCCCGAAGUCUCCAAGAUGACUUCAAAGAAUUCGAGGCUCUUAUCCCAGCUGAUGCAAUUCAGAGCGUCGUCACCAAGUACUACAUUAUCGAUGGGGAAACCAGGAAUUUCGUGAAGUACCUCAAGGGAGCUCAAUUCAGGAAAGUCUGGGAUCAAGUUUUCACCCAUCCCAUCACCAAGGACGUUUUGGAGUAUCUCGCAAGCAAGGAUGUCGACCCAACUAGCCUCAUCAACCAACUGGCUGAUCUCCUUGGACUUCCCCAUGUCCAACCUACUAUUGCUAACAUUCAUUCACGUAGUCUUCUGGGGCUCUACAAUGAAAUCGUACGUCUGCUCCCACUUGACAAGUUUGAGGCUCUUCUUAAUGACAAAUUGGAGAACAGUGAAGACUUCCAGGAACUCUACCAGAAAAUCACAAGCAUCGACUACAAAGUUGUGGAGGAUUUCGUUACCAAUUCUGCUGAAAUUCAGGACUUUGUUCAACGUCUCCGCAACUACAAGAUCCCUGUUGAUGUUCUCGUUGAGGGUGUUACCCAAUUCUUCGGUUGGACCUACUAAUUAAUUCUUAAUGCACCUCAAGUGUACUUAUGAUAAAUUGCAAUGAAUUGAAAUAAAUAAAAAAUAAUUUUCAAGAGAUA